GAAACUUAUUACUAGUUUUACCCGAUCACACGAAAUUUAGUAGAUCGAGUUAUCUAAUACUGUUUACAUUUGUUCUACUUCCGCUAUGAAUCAAGCUUUCGACAUUUCAAAGAUUUGGCAUUUAUUUUUUAUUUGAUAUGGGGAUUCUCUUUAUUUUCUGUUUAAUUUUAAGUUUUAUAGACAUUGCAGAAUUUAGUUAUACAUAUAGCGUACGCGUCAAGACUCAACAUGGACCGGUUGAAGGUUUCGCUAUUCCCUCGCAGUAUGCUCAGAAAAACAGAAAACAUAUCAAUAUAUUCCUCGGCAUUCCCUACGCAAAACGACCCAUAGAAUACAACAGUGACCCAAAGCUCUACAGAUUUAGGAAGCCAGAGCGACCAUAUUGGGAGGGAGUAUUGCAGGCUAAAUCCUAUAAACCAGCCUGUCCACAGCACCUGUGGUACGUCAGGGAAACAGUUCCAAACAUGGGCAGUGCCAACAUCAGCGAAGACUGCCUCUACAUGAACAUUUUUGCACCAAGUAAUACAGAAGAAAUCCCUAGUAAUAGUCCCACACUUUAUCCAGUAAUGGUCUUUAUCCAUGGUGGGGGUUACACCAUGGGAGCCUCACAGGAGUACCCCGGGGUCUUCUUGGCAGAGAGGGAUGUGGUGGUGGUCACAUUUAACUACAGACUGGGGCCACUAGGGUUUUUGUGUACCAAUGAUGCCAACUCUCCAGGGAAUUACGGAAUGUGGGACCAGGUCAGGGCACUGGAGUUUGUAAAAGAAAAUAUUAGAAGUUUCCGAGGAAAUCCUGGGAUCAUCACUAUUUUCGGACAAAAUACUGGGGCUUCAAGUGUUGGCUUACAGAUUCUCUCCCCAAGGAGUGUCAACCUCUUCCAUCGCGCCAUCAUGCAGAGUGGUUCAGACAGAAGUGAGUGGGCUAUUAUUAAGACUAACAAUGAUGCCCAGUAUUAUGCCCAGGAGCUGGCCCGUGAACUGGGCUGCCCGACUGGGGACAUGUUCAGGUUGACUCAGUGUCUCAGGGAACACAGGUCGUUUGGAGAGAUUGUAAAUGCUUCAUCCAAAGUCAGGCUAAGGCCUGGCUCUGUUGGGAACCCCUGGGGUCCAGUAGUGGAUGGAUCAUUGGUGGGGACAGUCGCUGCAUUCCUACCAGACCAUCCCAAACAAAUGAGAGAACUGUACAACUUCAAACCUAUUGUAGUGAUGGGAGGCCUCAACAAAGACGAUGGGUCCUUCUUCAUUCCUAAUUUGCCAACUCUAGAUGAAGGCAUACAAAAGAUUCAGUUUGACAAUAUAAUUAACGAGUUUCUAAGUGAUAGAGGGGUCAGAGAUAGCGUAACGAGGGAUGCCAUGAUAUACCAGUAUACGUACUGGCCACAGCCCAAGAAUCAGACCAUGAUCCUUCACAAGACUGUCGACAUGAUGUCUGACUACAUGUUUGGUACAGGAAUGAAUGAGGCUAUGAGAUUUCAAACAGCGAAGAACAAGACAUUUUUUUAUGUCUUCAAUUACUUCUCUUGGAAUGAUUACCUUCCAUAUUAUAGAGGUGUUGCACAUGGACAAGAACUUCAGUACAUCUUUGGUUUCCCCUUUAUAAACCAGACAUACACAAACAUACUGGGCCUAUACCCUCGGCAGCAGUACGACUACGCUGACAGGAAUAUGAGUGAAUACAUGAUGACCCUGUGGACAAACUUCUCCUCUUAUGGUGAUCCUACCCCCAGGCGAUUUAAUCUGAUUAACUUUAAGAAUGUGACCUGGCGAGAGCAUAAUAUAUACAACCACAGCUAUUUUUACAUCAGCAACUCUUCCUACAACUACACAAAUUUCAGACAGAAGGACUACGGAUUCUGGUCUACAUACUUUCCACAGCUGGCCUCGCGCCCUCAAACUAUUGUCACCACAGCCCCAUUACAGGACACCAGUGAGAAUUUUCAGGUCUCCACCUGGUCUCUAACAGCCUUAUCUUCACUGCUAGUCAUCAUUAUCAUAGCCCUGUGUAUCGUCAACUAUAGAAAUAGGCCCAAAGACUACUGAUUAAGGAGGGACGGGCCCUAGAGGGCCAAUUUACCAAAGACAUGCUUAAAACCUCAAGGAUUAAAUUUAGUAAAUGAUCACUAAAAUCUAAUAUUUCAUUCCUUUUACAAUUGUUAAUAUUAUUGAUUUUAUAUAUACAUGUACCUGUACUUUUUUAUUUCAUUAUGCAAUGCUCAAUGAACAUAUCAAUUUUAUGAGGCAAUACAUGUUUUGACAUUAUUGUGAGUUCUGU